CAGUGGCUUCCAGAGUGGAGUAAAGAAUGGCUGUUGAACAUCCACCAGGCUCCUGCAAGACUGUGAAUCAAGGUUGAGACCAAGAAAUUAUUUCUGAAAAAGGAUAUUUAUGGAAUAGAAUCAUCCUGAUGAGAGAUAAUGGAAAGACUUAUAAAAAACAGCAUUGAGUGUUCAAGUUUCAGAGGUGAUUGGGAAUGUAAAAGCCAGUUUGAGAGAAAACAGGAAUCUCAGGAAGGACAUUUCAGUCAAAUGAUAUUUACUUCUGAAGACAUGCCCACUUUCAAUACCCAGCAUCAGAGAAUACAUACUGAUGAGAAACUCCUUGAAUGUAAGGAAUGUGGGAAGGAUUUUAGUUUUGUAUCGGUCCUUAUUCGACAUCAGCGAAUUCAUACUGGUGAGAAACCUUAUGAAUGUAAAGAAUGUGGCAAGGCCUUUGGUAGUGGUGCAAACCUUGCUUACCAUCAAAGAAUUCAUACUGGUGAGAAACCUUAUGAAUGUAGUGAAUGUGGAAAGGCCUUUGGUAGUGGCUCAAACCUUACUCAUCAUCAGAGAAUUCAUACUGGUGAGAAACCAUAUGAAUGUAAAGAAUGCGGGAAAGCUUUUAGUUUUGGAUCAGGCCUUAUUCGACAUCAGAUAAUUCACAGUGGUGAAAAGCCUUAUGAGUGUAAGGAAUGUGGGAAGUCCUUUAGUUUUGAAUCAGCCCUUACUCGGCAUCACAGAAUUCACACAGGUGAGAAACCUUAUGAAUGUAAGGAUUGUGGGAAGGCCUUUGGCAGUGGUUCAAACCUUACUCAACAUCGAAGGAUUCAUACUGGUGAGAAACCUUAUGAAUGUAAAGCAUGUGGGAUGGCCUUUAGUAGUGGUUCAGCCCUUACUCGGCAUCAGAGAAUUCAUACUGGUGAAAAACCAUAUAUUUGUAAUGAAUGUGGGAAGGCUUUUAGUUUUGGAUCAGCCCUUACUCGACAUCAAAGAAUUCACACUGGUGAGAAACCUUAUGUAUGUAAGGAAUGUGGGAAGGCUUUUAACAGUGGCUCAGAUCUCACUCAACAUCAGAGAAUUCACACUGGUGAGAAACCCUAUGAGUGUAAGGAAUGUGAGAAGGCCUUUAGAAGUGGUUCCAAACUUAUUCAGCAUCAAAGAAUGCACACUGGUGAGAAACCCUAUGAGUGUAAGGAGUGUAGAAAAGCCUUCAGUAGUGGUUCAGAUCUUACUCAACAUCAAAGAAUUCAUACUGGUGAGAAACCUUAUGAAUGUAAAGAAUGUGGCAAGGCCUUUGGUAGUGGCUCAAAACUUAUCCAACACCAGCUAAUUCACACUGGUGAAAAACCGUAUGAAUGUAAACAAUGUGGAAAGUCCUUCAGCAGUGGUUCAGCUCUUAAUCGGCACCAGAGAAUACACACUGGUGAAAAACCCUAUGGAUGUAAGGAAUGUGGGAAGAAUUUUAGUACAGGCUCAAGCCUUACUCAACAUCAGAAAAUUCAUGCUGGUGAGAAACUUUAUGAAUGUAAGGAAUGUGGAAAGGCUUUUGGGAGGGGUUCAGAGAUUCAGCAACAUAAAAAAAGUCAUACUGGUGAGUAGCUCUGUGAAUUGGAAACUUAUGUUAGGAUUAUGUGGUUAAGGAAGGACACAGGACACAUAAGAAAAUGUGUAUUAGGGAGAAUCACUACAAAUGUAAUUAAGGUACAAAUGCCUUACUUAUGCUUUACAACUUCAUCUGAGAGAAUUUAUACAGGAAAAGAAAAACCACUCUGAAGAUCUCUAUCUAUAUUCAUUCUUCCAUUAUUUUUGGAAAAUUCAUACUUGUGAAUAUUAAAAAUUUUAAAACUGCUUAUUGCAUUUUGCCUUUAUUUUAAACAUUGAAAAAUUCAUUUGGGGGCUAACCCUGCUAUUUUUGUUUACUGAUCCAUCUCAAAAUUAUUUUAAGUUAUUUAUUGAGGCUGUAAAUUUGCCCUUCUCCCUGUUUCUCAUUUGAAUGCUACUUAUUUAAUAGCCAUAUCUAUUUUUGUAUUUUUUAUUGCCUGUUUGAUGGUAAGUUAUAUUUUUAUACAUAUGAAGCAUGGAUAUCAGGUCAGUCUUCAUUUUUUAUAUUUGCAUAUCUGUGUUUGUAUCUGUGUUCCAUUUUGUUUGUGUUGUUACUGUUACUUUUAAGUAUUCUUUAAUAUCUUGUGGCUCUGUAUCUUUUGUUUUGAGGUAUUGUUUUACUUGCCUUUUAUAAAGUCUAUACUCUUUUUACAGAAUAGUUCUCUUUAUUAAUGUAGAUAUGAACAAAAAUAGUUAUCUGUAAUCAUACCAACCAUAGACAAUCAUUGUCAGAUUUUUGUAGCAAAUUCUUUAAGACUAUGUCAUUGUUUUUGAAAGAAAGUGUGAUUGUGCUAUACUAUAACCAGCCUUUAAUAUUCUUUGUAAAUAAUAUUGUUACUCUUCUAUUGGCUUGAAGGUAUUCACCUGUCUUUAUCAAGCCCCUAUUUUGUUAAGUAUGGAAAAUUUUGCCAUUAUAAAGAGUUACCUUGAUGGCUC